GGAAGUGUUUGGGUCCAAGCGGAAGUCCGCGUCAGCACUCCGCCAGAGACCUCAGACCGUAUCCGGACCGACCCAGACCGUUUAAAACUCUCCUCUCUGUAGUUCUGCACGCGGACCGACCCUCAGCCCGUUUAAAACUCUCCUCUCUGUAGUUCUGCACGCGGAAUGGCGGACGAGGCCACGCGCAGGGCCGUCUCGCAGCUGCCGCUGCUGAAGACGCACGCAGGUCCGCGGGACCGCGCGCUGUGGCCGCAGCGGCUGAAGGAGGAGUACCAGAGCUUGAUCCGCGCCGUGGAGCAGAACAAGGCGGCGGACAGCGACUGGUUCCGCCUCGAGUCCAACGCCGACGGCACGCGCUGGACCGGCACGUGCUGGUUCAUCCACGAGCUGCUGCGCUACGAGUUCCGGGUGGAGUUCGACAUCCCGGUGACGUACCCGGACACGGCGCCGGAGGUGGCGGUACCGGAGCUGGACGGGAAGACCGCGAAGAUGUUCCGCGGCGGGAAGAUCUGCCUGACGGACCACUUCGCUCCGCUCUGGGCGCGCAACGCGCCGCGCUUCGGGCUGGCGCACCUGAUGGCGCUGGGCCUCGGGCCGUGGCUCGCCGUGGAGAUCCCGGAUCUCAUCAGCAAGGGGCUCGUGGUGCACCGGGAGCGGCAGGGCGACGCGGCGGCCGAGUGACGUCACCGGAGGCGGCAGGGAGACGCGGUGGCGGAGUGACGUCACCUGGAGCCUACAACACUGACUGAAAACUUCCAGAGUCCUGUUUGGUUCAGAG